AUGGAGAUGCUGAUUGAUCCAAUCUGCUUCAUGAUCAAUCUUUAUGCAUCAUUCGUUUAUGCGAUUAUCUACCUCACGAUUGCUAUCUUUCCUAUCGAAUUUGAAGAAGUACGAGGUUGGAAUAGUGUCGUCGGAUCUCUCCCCUUCCUGGGAAUAUUGAUUGGACUAUUCUUUGCAGCAAUCGUCUUGAUGUGGAGCCAGACAUUCUACGUCAAACGCCUCAUCGCGAACAACAAUAAGCCCGUACCUGAAGCUCGACUUGUCUCGAUGAUGAUUGGAUCAUUUUUCUUUUCCGGUGGUCUGUUCAUUAUCGGCUGGACAUCUGAUCGAUCAAUUCAUUGGAUAGCGUUCUGCAUCGGCGGCGCAUGUAUCGGCCUUGGGUUCUUCACUAUCUUCCAGAGUUCGAUUAGUUAUCUUGUCGACGUAUACCUUAUGCUCGCCGCCAGUGCUCUCGCUGCAAACAUGUUGAUGCGAAGUGUGCUCGCUGGGGCAUUUCCGCUGUUUGCUAAUGCUAUGGUCACCAAUCUUUGCAUUGGUUGGGCUUGUAGUGUACUAGGCUUUAUUGCGGCAGCCAUGAUACCAAUUCCGUUCUUAUUCUAUAUUUAUGGCAAGAAACUUCGUGCAAGAGGGAAACGAUCUGCCAAGAGUCUCUGA